CCGCCGGCGCCCCCCAGAGGCGCGGCCGCCCCGUCGGCGUCGCAGCGCCGCAAGCGCACGUCGUUCAGCGCGGAGCAGCUGCGGCUGCUGGAGCUCGUCUUCCGCCGGACCAUGUACCCCGACAUCCACCUGCGCGAGCGCCUGGCCGCGCUCACCCUGCUGCCCGAGUCCCGGAUCCAGGUGUGGUUCCAGAACAGGAGGGCCAAGUCACGGCGGCAGAGUGGGAAAUCCUUUCAGCCUUCAGCCAGGCCCGAGCUUUUCCUCCACCACGCUGCUCGUGGGACCCACCAGAAAUGUUUGAAGCCCCAGCUGCCUCUUGAGGUAGACGCGAGCUGCCUGCCUGAUCCCAACAGGGUUGGAGGGGGCAUCUCUGACCCUGGCUCCCGAGGUCACCGGUUUGAAACCUAUUCUCCUCUCUCUGAAGACCUUGGUUCAAAGCUGGACUCCUGGGAGGAACACAUCUUUUCUGCUUUUGGUAACUCUUGAGGAUUCUGGGAGAAUUCAGGAUAAGCUCAGAGGAGCCGUGACUGACAGCCAGG